CCGCCGCCGCCGCGCAGGGAGAGGAGCGCCGCGGAGCCGCGGGAGCCCGUCCAGGUGUACGGGCAGGUGAGCCUGAAUGACUCUCACAAUCAGAUGGUCGUGCACUGGGCAGGAGAAAAGAGCAACGUGAUCGUGGCCUUGGCUAGAGACAGCCUGGCGAUACCAAGUCUCCAGAACAGCGAUGUUUACGUGUCUUAUGACUAUGGGAAGACGUUUAAAAAAAUAUCAGAGAAAUUCAGCUUUGGUGCAGGGAAUACCAGCAAGGUGGCGAUUGCUCAGUUCUACCACAGCCCCGCUGACAACAAAAGGUACAUCUUUGUGGAUGUCUUCAUCCAGUACCUCUGGAUCACGACUGAUUUCUGCAACAGUAUUCAGGGCUUCUCUAUUCCCUUCAGAGCAGCAGAUCUUCUCUUGCACAGCAGGAACCCUAACCUGGUUUUGGGCUUUGAUAGAUCUCAUCCUAACAAACAGCUUUGGAAAUCAGACGAUUUUGGUCAGACCUGGAUAAUGAUUCAGGAGCAUGUGAAAUCUUUCUCUUGGGGCGUUGAGCCUUAUGAUAAGCCAAAUACAGUUUACAUAGAACGGCAUGAACCUUCAGGGUCUUCAACUAUCAUUCGCAGCACAGAUUUCUUUCAAACCAGGGAAAAUAAAGAAAUCAUCCUGGAAGAAGUGGAAGACUUCCAGUUCAGGGACAAGUAUCUCUUUGCCACAAAGACAGUGCAUUUCUUGGGUGGCCAGCAGCAGUCUUCAGUUCAGCUGUGGGUCUCCUUCAACCGCAAGCCAAUGCAAGCUGCACAGUUUGUAACCAGGCAUCCGAUUAAGGAGUACUACAUUGCCGACGCAUCCGAGGACCAGGUGUUUGUGUGCGUCAGCCACAGUAACAACCGCACCAACCUGUACAUCUCAGAAGCAGAAGGACUGAGGUUUUCACUGUCUUUAGAGAACGUGCUGUACUAUAGCCCCGGAGGAGCAGGCAGCGAUACCCUGGUCAGGUAUUUUGCCAACGAGCCUUUUGCAGACUUCCACCGAGUUGAAGGUGUGAGGGGCGUGUACAUCACCACGCUGAUAAACGGCUCCUUCAGCGAAGAGAACAUGAGGUCCGUCAUCACCUUUGACAAAGGGGGGACCUGGGAGUUUCUGCAGGCCCCGGCAUACACGCGCUACGGAGAAAAAAUCAACUGCGAGUUUUCCCAGGGCUGCUCUCUUCACCUGGCCCAGAGACUGAGCCAGCUGCUUAACUUCCAGCUACGCAGAAUGCCCAUCCUCUCCAAAGAGUCUGCUCCAGGACUGAUCAUUGCUACAGGGUCAGUUGGCAGGAACAUGGCGAGCAAGACAAACGUCUAUGUUUCAAGCAGUGCUGGAGCAAGGUGGAGAGAGGCACUCUCUGGACCCCAUUAUUAUACAUGGGGGGACCACGGUGGCAUUCUUGUGGCAAUAACAGAGGGCACAGAGACAGACCAGCUCAAGUAUAGCACAAAUGAAGGGGAGACCUGGAAAACGUUCACUUUCUCAGAUAAGCCAGUAUUUGUAUACGGGCUGCUCACUGAACCUGGGGAGAAGAGCACUAUAUUCACCAUCUUUGGCUCCUACAAAGAGAAUGGUCACAGCUGGUUGAUACUACAGAUCAACACCACUGAUGUGCUUGGAGUCCCUUGCACUGAGAAUGAUUACAAGCUGUGGUCACCCUCCGAUGAACGAGGUAAUGAGUGUUUACUGGGGCAUAAAACAGUUUUCAAAAGGAGGACUCCUCAUGCGACUUGUUUUAAUGGAGAAGAUUUCGAUAGACCCGUGAUGGUCUCCAACUGCUCUUGUACAAGGGAAGACUUUGAAUGCGACUUUGGCUUUAAACUAAGUGACGAUUUAUCAUUAGAAGUCUGUGUCCCUGAUCCUGAAUUUGCUGGGAAACCAUUUUCCCCUCCUGUUCCUUGCCCUGUUGGCUCAACUUACAGGAAGACAAGAGGAUACCGCAAGAUCUCUGGGGACAUGUGUGCGGGUGGAGACAUUGAAUCCCGACUAGAAGGGGAGCUGGUGCCAUGCCCUCUAGCAGAGGAGAACGAGUUUAUUUUGUAUGCCACGCGCUACUCUAUCCACCGUUAUGAUCUCUCUUCUGGAAUAAGUGAAGAGUUGCCUUUAACUGGCUUGCAAGGGGCAGUGGCCUUGGAUUUUGAUUAUGAUCACAACUGCUUGUACUGGGCAGAUGUAACUCUUGACAUCAUACAGCGACUUUGUCUAAAUGGCAGCUCUGGACAGGAGAUAAUCAUCAGUACUGGCCUAGAAACAGUGGAAGCUUUGGCUUUUGAACCUCUCAGUCAGCUGCUUUACUGGGUCAAUGCUGGUAUUUCAAAAAUUGAGGUUGCCAACCCAGAUGGAGACUUGAGAUUCACUGUUUUAAAUUCUUCUGUGCUUGAACGGCCCAGAGCCCUGGCUCUGGUUCCCAAAGAAGGGUUGAUGUUCUGGACUGACUGGGGAGACUCAAGACCGGGCAUUUACAGAAGUGAUAUGGAUGGUUCAUCAGCCAGCUGCAUUGUCUCUGUGGGAGUGCGGUGGCCAAAUGGCAUUUCUGUGGACGAUCAGUGGAUCUACUGGACAGAGGCUUACAUGGAUAGAAUCGAGAGGGUGGAUUUCAAUGGAAUGCAGAGAUCCAUGAUCCUGGACAGCCUUCCGCACCCCUAUGCUAUCGCUGUAUUCAAGAAUGAAAUCUACUGGAACGACUGGUCACAGCUGAGUAUUUUUAGAGCAUCCAAGUACAGUGGGUCGAGAAUGGAGAUUCUAGUUGGCCAAUUAAAUGGGAUCAUGGAUAUGAAGAUCUUUUACAGGGGAAAAACAACAGGGCAGAAUGCCUGCAUUGCCAAGCCUUGCAGCCUGCUCUGCUUACCAAAAUCAAACAAUGGCAGGAGCUGCAAGUGCCCAGAGGGAGUCUCCAGCAGCCUGCUCCCAUCGGGGGAAGUGAGGUGCGAGUGCCCACAUGGCUAUCGGAUGAAGAACACCACCUGCAUAAAGGAAGAAAACACCUGUCUGCCCAACCAGUACAGAUGCUUCAAUGGGAACUGCAUAAACAGCAUCUGGCAGUGUGACAACGAUAAUGACUGUGGAGACAUGAGCGACGAGAAAAACUGCCCCACAACAGUGUGCGAUGCCGAGACUCAGUUCCACUGCCAGGGCUCAGGGACUUGCAUCCCGCUGUCCUACAAAUGCGACCUUGAGGAUGACUGCGGAGAUAACAGCGAUGAAAGUCACUGCAAGGCUCACCAGUGUAGAAAUGAUGAAUUCAGCUGCAGCUCGGGGAUGUGCAUUCGUCUUUCCUGGAUGUGUGACGGUGAUAACGAUUGCAGGGACUGGUCAGACGAAGCAAACUGCACUGCAGUAUACCAUACGUGUGAAGCCUCCAGUUUCCAGUGCCGGAAUGGACAUUGCAUCCCCCAGCGGUGGGUCUGCGAUGGUGAUGCCGACUGCCAGGACAGCUCUGAUGAGGACCCUACCAACUGUGAGAAAAAAUGCAAUGGGUUCCAGUGUCCGAAUGGGACCUGCAUCCCAACCAGCAAGCACUGCGAUGGGAUGCACGACUGCUCUGAUGGCUCUGAUGAGCAGCACUGCGAGCCCCUUUGUACACGUUACAUGGACUUUGUGUGUAAGAACCGGCAGCAGUGCUUGUUCCACUCCAUGGUGUGUGAUGGCAUUGUCCAGUGUCGGGAUGGCUCAGAUGAAGAUGCCGACUAUGCUGGAUGCUCGCAAGACCCGGAGUUUCACCGGACCUGCGACCAGUUCAGCUUCCAGUGCCAGAACGGCGUGUGCAUUAGCUUGGUGUGGAAGUGUGAUGGGAUGGACGACUGUGGGGAUUACUCUGAUGAAGCGAACUGCGAAAAUCCAACAGAAGCCCCAAACUGCUCUCGAUACUACCAGUUCCAGUGUGCAAAUGGGCACUGCAUCCCUAACAGGUGGAAAUGCGAUGAGGAGAAUGACUGUGGAGACUGGUCGGAUGAGAAGGACUGCGGGGGUUCGCAGAUACUGCCCUUUACCACGGCGGCCCCAACGACGUGUUCACCUAAUCACUUCCGGUGUAACAGUGGGGCCUGCAUCAUGAACAGCUGGGUGUGUGACGGAUACAGGGACUGCCCAGAUGGCUCUGAUGAAGAAGCCUGUCCCACUUCAUUAAUCAAUGUCACUGCGACCUCCAGCACCUUCCUGGGCCGGUGCAGCCGAUUCGAGUUUGAGUGCCAGCAGCUGAGGAAAUGCAUCCCAAACUGGAAGCGAUGCAAUGGUGUGGGAGACUGCCAGGAUGGCACGGACGAGAUGAAUUGUCCUACACCCAGUACAUUGUCAUGCCCUGAUGGCUAUCGAUGUGAAGAUGGGGAGGCCUGCCUCAUGACUACAGAACAGUGUGAUGGAUUUCUCGACUGCCCGGAUAGCAGUGACGAGAAAAACUGCACUGAUGACACAAUUGUGUACAAAGUCCAGAAUCUCCAGUGGACUGCUGAUUUCUCUGGUGAUGUGACUUUAACCUGGGCUCGACCUAAAAAAAUGCCCUCCGCAUCCUGUCUCUAUAACGUCUAUUAUAGGAUGGUUGGUGAAAGUAUUUGGAAAAUUUUAGAAACUCACAGCAACAAAACAAACAGCAUCUUAAAAGUCCUCAAGCCGGAUUGCACGUACCAGGUGAAAGUUCAGGUCCACUGUCUCACCAAAAUCUACAACACUAAUGACUUCAUUACUCUGCGCACACCAGAAGGAUUACCCGAUGCCCCUUUCAAUCUUCAGCUCUCCCUAAACAAAGAGGUCGAAGGCACAGUGAGCAGCCACUGGACUCCACCUGUGAAUGCCCAUGGCCUGAUACGAGAAUACAUUGUGGAAUACAGCAGAAGUGGCUCCAAGGAGUGGUCUUCACUUCGAGCCAGUAGGAACUAUACUGAGAUCAAGGACCUGCAGCUCAACGCACUGUAUACCUUUAGAGUUGCUGCGGUAACUAGUCGGGGAGUAGGAAACUGGAGUGAUUCCAAAUCCAUAACCACGACAAAAGGCAAAGUUAUUCCACCACCUACCAUCCAUAUUGAGAGUUACAGUGAAGACUCUAUUAGUUUCACCCUGAAAAUGGACACGAAAACUAAGGUGACUGGUUAUGUUGUGAACAUCUUCUGGACAUUUGAUACCCACAGGCAGGAAAAAAGGACUUUGUUCAUAGAGGGAGAAAAGUCAGCGCAAAAAGUGGCUAAUUUGACAGCUCACACACCGUAUGAAAUUUCUGCUUGGGCCAAGACCGAACUGGGUGACAGUCCUUUGUCUUUUGCACAUGUUGUGACCAGCGGUACGAGACCCGCACCUCCAAGCCUCAAAGCCAGAGCCAUCAAUCAGACGGCGGUGGAAUGUAACUGGACAGGACCAAAGAACGUGGUAUAUGGUGUUUUCUAUGCUACAUCUUUCCUAGAGCUGUACAGAAACCCUCACAACACUACCACUACUGCAUAUAACAUCACCAUGAUUGUGAACAGGGAUGAGCAGUACCUGUUUCUGGUCCGUGUGAUAUCGCCUUACCAAGGGCCACCUUCUGACUACAUUGUGGUGAAGAUGAUACCUGACAACAGGCUUCCUCCUCGGCAUCUCCAUUCUGUGCUCACUGGAAAGACAUUUGCUGUCAUUAAAUGGGAGUCACCCUACGAUUCACCGGACCAGGAUAUGUUAUAUGCUGUUGCAGUAAAGGAUUUAGUAAGAAAAAUGGAUAAAGUCUACAAAGUGAAAACCCGUAACAGCACAGUGGAAUACACCAUUAAAAAGCUAGAACCUGGAGGAAAAUAUCACAUAAUCAUUCAACUCGGAAACAUGAGCAAAGAAUCCAGCAUGAAAAUUAACACAGUUCCUCUGUCUGCACCAGAUGCCCUAAAAAUUAUAACUGAGAAUGACCACAUUCUGCUUUUUUGGAAGAGUUUAGCCUUAAAAGAAAGUAAUUUUAAUGAAAGCCGGGGUUAUGAGAUUCACAUGUUUGACAGCGCAAUGAAUAUCACAGCUUAUCUGGGGAACACCACAGAGAACUUCUUCAAAAUUUCCAACCUGAAGCUUGGCCAUAACUAUUCAUUCACAGUUCAGGCCAGAUGUCUUUACAGUGGACAGAUGUGUGGGGAGCCUGCUACACUUCUUUAUGAUGAACUAGAAACUGGUGAAGACCACGCAGCAUCCCAGAUGGGAAAAUCCACGGACGUAGCUGCCAUUGUGGUCCCAAUCUUAUUCCUGUUGCUUGUGACCAUGGGAAUAGGGUUUGUUGUAUUAUACAUGAGACACAGAAGGCUUCAGAACAGUUUCACUGCCUUUGCGAAUAGCCACUACAGCUCUCGUCUCGGCUCAGCUAUAUUCUCAUCAGGUGAUGAUUUAGGUGACGAGGAUGACGAAGCGCCGAUGAUAACUGGAUUUUCAGACGACGUCCCCAUGGUCAUUGCGUGAAGCUCAUUUCUUGACUGUAAACCAAAUGGUGUAAAUAUUUCAUUUGAUAAAAAUAGUCAAUUGUUUAUUUUACAAAUGCACUUUGAGUUGCAAUACGUUAUUUUUAUAUGGGCCAAAAAAAGAAAAAUAAAAAAAAACCACUUUGUAGUAAUCAACUGUGAACUGCAAAAACCAGGUUAAUUUAGUAACAGAUUGCUUUGAUUUAACAUUAAUUUAGUCUUACAAGGCUAUGCUUGCUGGGCAUGCUUUCAAGUCUGUGAGAUAUUUUCUGUUGAUGAAAUUGGCUACUCUUUUUAUUUUUCUAAGACAAUAAUAAAUUUAUUUAAAAAAAUUCAGGAGAUUAUAUAUAGAGAGAGAUAAGUAAUAUAGUCCCUGAAGGUUUUACUUUUACUUUAAAAAUCGUUUGGACUUUGUUUUAUAUGGAAGUAUUUUGUUUUGUUAAUUUAUUGGGAAAUCUGCGUUAGCUCAGAUUUUCAGAGUCGUCAGACAUUGUACACAUUAUUGUGUAGAACAUGUGCCACUUUAUCUUGCAAGGCAGUAGUUUUUCAUCAUCAGAUUCAUUGUUGUUGCCAUAAAGCAAAUAAAACAAAUGUUAUUUUACUUUUUAAUAUUUUUCCAUUAUUAAACAAUUUGGGGUCAUUAUUUUGACAUUCGGGCCCCUUUUCAGGAUAGCUCUUAAGUACGAAAUUAACUUUAAGCAUGGAUUUAAAUCCUAAUUACUUUAGCAGGACGUAAGCCAGUGCUUCAGUGCUUUCCUGAACUGGGGAAUGCAGAUCUAUGAAGCAAAUGUACCUGAUUUUCAGAGAUGCUCAGGACCCCCAGCUCCUGCUGACUUUGAAAAUCAGGCCACUUUUUAACCCAGACUCAAUAUGUGCCUAACUAUAAACACAUACCUAAUGAUGCACCUGAGUCAAGGUCUUAUUUAAGAGAUUCAGGGCCACAUUGUGCCAAUGCUUAUGCAUGUGAGUGACUUUGCACACACACACACACACACGCAUGCACGCGCGCACACACACACACACACAGAGUAUGUUGGCAGCCACUGUGCUACUCACAUGAGUAAAGUUACUUGUAUGAAGAGUUUAGAGAUCUGGCACGAAAUAGGGAUUUAGGUAUGCAUAUGUACGCACCCAGGUUUUCAGUGUUUUUCCCUUACCUCCACACUUGAUGUUACUACAGUCUGCAAUGUUCUGUAAAUCACCAGCAUUGUCCUAGAUGCUUUGGGGUUACGCGCAAUAGUGAAGUUGUUAAUUGUACCCUGCAUUGUUUUGCCGGAUUUUUCUCAUUAAAUAGUUUUCUAAUGCCUGUCAAUAACAUAACUGGAAAAAAAAAUGGCCAGUAAUAUUUUUAAAACACAAACUCAAUGAGACAAAACAUAUACCCUCCAAGACACUAAUGUAUUGAUGAGUGGCCCAGGAAAAACCUCAGGGUAAAUGCAGAGUAAGUGCCGAGAAGUAGAUGUUCCGCAGUCGUAAAACGCCUUACGCAUCUGAAAAUCCAAAAUUAUUUGCAUUUGCAACAGGAUUCUUUAUUCCUUCCUAUUAUCUGAAAGGAGCUGUGGCUGUAACUUCAGUUAAGAAGUAACACACACAUAUAUAUACACACGCAGAGUACUCACCAUCUCGUAGUAUGCCUACAGUAGCUGCCAGUUACAAAGCUCACAUUUAGCCUCUAGAAAUGUAUGGUAUCGUUGCCUAGCCUUCUUGUGACAGUAGAGCAUGAAUCUCCCCACCACGUCAAACUACUUGCCACCCCAAGUGAAUGCUCAUGGGUCACGUCGAUACAUAUUCUGUAUAUGCAAAACCUAGCCACUGUACGCAGUACAAUUCAAUGCAUUGUCUUGUCAUGAUGUAUUUCAUUUGAUUAAACCAAAAGUAUCUUUGUUGUGUAAUUUUAAAAUAUAAUUGCAGUCUUCCUACAGAUGGAGUGAGAGCAGAAAGGGCCAACCAUAUUUUGAUAGGCAAUGGACCUCUUUAAUUUCAAAUACAGGAAAUAUGUAAAAUAUGUACAAGUUCUGUAUGCUUCCAUGUGCUAGAGAAAUACAAAAUGUAUAUUUUAACUAAU